AUGUCAGGCCCGCAGUGCUGCGAGAAUCCACCGACGCUGAGCCCGAGCAGCGGAGUCGGGUCGGUACUCGAAAUUGGAGGCCUGAAAUCGUACGUUUCGGGCUCUUCCGAUUCCAGUCUCGCCGUCAUCCUCGCCUCUGACGUUUACGGUUAUGAAGCACCCAACUUGAGGAAGCUUGCUGACAAAGUUGCAGCUACGGGCUUCUACGUGGUAGUUCCUGAUUUCUUCAAUGGAGAUCCAUUUGACCCUGCCAAUUCUGAGAAGCCUCUUCCAGUUUGGAAAGGACUGCACGAACCAGCUAAAGCAUUUGAAGAUACUAAGCUAGUUAUUUCAGCUCUAAAAAGUAAAGGCAUAUCUGCAAUUGGUGCAGCUGGAUUUUGCUAUGGGGCCAAGGUCGUAGUGGAGCUAGCAAAGGACGGCCUUAUUCAAGCUGGAGUGCUGUUGCAUCCAUCAUUUGUUACGGUGGAUGAUUUCAAGGAGGUUAAGGCUCCAAUGGCUAUUCUGGGAGCCGAGACUGACAUUCAUUCUCCUCCAGAGCUUGUCAAACAGUUUGAGAAGAUUUUGUCAUAUAAACCUGAGGUUGCUAGCUUUGUGAAAGUAUUUCUCGAUGUUGCUCAUGGAUGGACUGUGAGGUACAAUUUGGAGGACGAGAAGGCUGUUAAAUCUGCCGAAGAAGCCCAGACCGACAUGCUGAAUUGGUUUGUUAAGUAUGUCAAGUAG